AACUGACGAAAGUGUUAGCAAUUACAGUGAUGUGAGGUGAUAAUUUUGACUAUGGCUCAUAACGCGAUUUUCUCACAACACACAAUUGUUGCUGCUGGAAUAUUAACUGUGGCAGCCACGACACUGGGCACGUAUUACUAUUUUUCCUCUAAAUUUAAAAAAUCUAAGUUCCCGAACGAGUGGAGAGCAGUUGGAGAGGUGAGAAAAUUAUGCAUAUACCCCUUCAAAAGCGGAAAAAAGCUUGAAGUCGAUCAGGCAGAAUGUACGAAACGUGGACUGAUGGAAGAAGAGAAGUUCGACAAGUCUUUCAGACUUCGUGACAGAUCAUUUGUGGUAUAUAAUGAAAAAAGUCACAAAUAUGUAAAUUCUAGACAUUAUCCAAAAAUGGUUCUGGUAGAAGUUAGGGCUGAACACAUGAACCAUGUACUUUUGAAUGCACCUAAUAUGAAUACUUUACUCUUGCAGAUACCUGAUAGAACUAGGAACAAGGAAGUUGUCGGUUUGUACUCAGAUUUAACCAGUAUCCUGCUCCUAAACCAAGCGUCUGUCAAUGACUUAAACAAAAGGAUAGGUAAUUCCAGCGUAACCGUUUUAAAUUUUCGACCAAAUUUCGUGGUAGAUGGACCAGACCUGGCACCCUACGCUGAAGAUUCUUGGGAAUGGGUUAAAAUUGGCAAUGUUGUGCUUAGGAAUGUCAAAGAAUGCACCAGAUGCAUCAUGACGACCAUCAAUCCAGAAAAUGCAUCGCGCAGUUCCGACAUGGAACCACUGAAAACACUGAAAAAGUACAGACUUAGCAAUGGACCGAGUAAGGUCCCAAUUAUGGGGAUUCACUUGGAAGUCAAACGACCGGGCAGUAUUAAAGUAGGCGAUCCAGUAUACGUCGCAAAAAGUUUAGAAUGAAACCGGUGUUCAUCAUAACUGUACAUAUUAGUUAUUAAAAGCUUAUUAAUUUUAGGUGGAAAACUAACUUGAGGUAGCAGACAAGGUUGAUUAAUUUUUUCAUAGUCGCAAGGAGUGAAAUCUCUAAUAUGUCUGCUGGAAGACAAUUUUGUAUUUGAAAUCCUUACUCGUUGUCCACCUCAUUAAGUCAUAGCCACUAUUGUUACAUAUUUAUGUAUUUAGAUACUCUUCAAAGAAAUGUACAAUAAAAUUGUUUUAAUUCG